AUGGCUUCCUUGACAAGAUCUACCCGUGUCUUCUUGGGCAUGAGCCAACAGUCCCUUCGUGGAUCCCUCAUCAACAACCAGAUUCGCCUCGCCUCAACCACCGCCGCCACUGCCACCAAGAAGAGUGCAUCUACCAAGGAGAGCAAGCAGGACGAUUCUAUCUUGUUGGAGCACAAGGGUGAUUUCACAACAGGAGUAUCAAGACUUCGCGAGCACUACCGCAACACUGUCCAGGACGACUUGAUGGUCCUCACCUACAGCCACACCUUCAAGCCCAAGGCCAAGAUUCCCGAGGGUGUUCGCGUGGAAUUGAAGGGCAACAGGCACAUCAAGCCUGCUCCCAAGGCCCCCUCUUCUCGUCAUAUCCCCGAGUUGGUCAAGAUUGAUGUCCACUGUAUGAUGAAGGAGGCUCUGGUGAGCAAGUAUAACCUGUUGAGCGGGUUCAUGGCCAUUCAGUCCAUCACGGGAGAGAUGCCCGAGAUUAUCAACUCCAAGAAGGGUGUCCACCCCUGGAAGCUGCGCGCCGGAAACCCAAUUGGAUGCAAGGUGACAUUGAAAGGCGACAAGAUGUACCAGUUCUUGGACAAGUUGGUUGAGGUUGUGUUGCCAAGGAUGAAGGAAUGGCCAGGAUUGCCCGAGUCUGCAGGAGAUGCUACAGGAAACAUUGGCAUGGGAUUCCCCCCUUCAGCUCUGUCAUUAUUCCCCGAGAUCGAGAACAACUUCGACAUGUUCCCCAGGAUGACUGGAUUCGAUGUUACCUUUACGACCACCGCCAAUACCAACCUUGAGGCACGUUUGUUGCUCUCUGGCUUCAACAUGCCCUUCCAGGUCAAGGACCACUCUGCACCAAAAGCCAAGGAGGCUGCCGCACCAUCAAUAGAAUCCGCCUCCGCAUAA